AUGCCUCUUGUUGUACCGGGAAUCAACUCCACCAUGGGCGAUAAGUCAGAGUGGGUCAAUAAGCUGAUGGGCAAGACCAUCGGUGAUUCUAGUAAUGAGACGUCAUUUGCUAAGCGGGACCUCCCUGAGUCUCAUCGUGUUCUGAAGCCUGGUGACAUGAAGUCUAUGGAUCAUAACCCGGACAGACUCAACGUCCACGUCGACGAAGAAGGUGCUGUGAACAACGUCACCUAUGGUUAG